UUUCAGCUAGAUCCUUGUGCUGCAAGGAGCUAAGGCCUUCAGUGUCCCCUUCCUUACCCAGGUCACCCACAAAAUGGAUUCCCAGCGGGAACUUGCAGAGGAACUGCGGCUUUACCAAUCCACCCUUCUUCAGGAUGGUCUAAAAGAUCUCCUGGAUGAGAAAAAAUUCAUCGAUUGCACCCUAAAAGCGGGUGACAAAAGUCUUCCUUGCCACAGAUUGAUACUCUCAGCUUGUAGUCCUUACUUCCGUGAGUAUUUCUUAUCUGAAAUUGCCGAGGAGAAGAAAAAGGAGGUGGUACUGGAUAAUGUGGAUCCUGCUGUGCUUGAUCUGAUCAUCAAAUACCUGUACUCCGCCAGUAUAGAUCUCAACGAUGGAAAUGUGCAAGAUAUUUUUGCACUCGCCAGCCGCUUUCAGAUCCCUUCGGUGUUCACCGUCUGCGUUUCCUAUCUUCAGAAGAGGUUGGCUCCUGGUAACUGUCUCGCCAUCCUGAGACUAGGGCUUCUUCUUGACUGCCCCAGACUCGCCAUUUCUGCCCGGGAGUUUGUGUCUGAUCGCUUCGUACAGAUUUGUAAGGAGGAGGACUUCAUGCAGCUGUCUCCACAGGAACUGAUCUCGGUCAUUUCAAACGACAGUCUAAAUGUAGAAAAGGAAGAAACAGUAUUUGAGGCAGUGAUGAAAUGGGUGCGAACAGACAAGGAGAACAGGGUUAAAAACUUUAGCGAAGUGUUUGAUUGCAUCCGUUUCCGCCUUAUGACAGAAAAAUAUUUUAAAGAUCACGUUGAGAAAGAUGACAUAAUUAAAAGCAACCCCGAAGUCCAGAAAAAAAUCAAAGUUUUAAAAGAUGCUUUUGCAGGCAAACUCCCAGAGCCUAGCAAAAAUGCAGAGAAGGCGGGGCCCGGCGAGGUGAACGGGGAUGUCGGUGACGAAGACUUACUUCCGGGUUACCUGAACGACAUCCCCAGGCACGGCAUGUUCGUCAAGGACCUCAUCCUCCUGGUGAAUGACACGGCCGCCGUGGCUUACGACCCCACUGAGAACGAGUGCUACCUCACUGCCCUGGCCGAGCAGAUCCCCAGAAACCAUUCCAGCAUCGUUACCCAGCAGAAUCAGGUCUAUGUGGUCGGAGGGCUGUAUGUAGACGAGGAAAAUAAGGAUCAGCCUCUGCAGUCGUACUUUUUCCAGCUUGAUAACGUAGCAUCUGAGUGGGUUGGACUUCCGCCUCUGCCUUCAGCCCGGUGUCUCUUCGGCCUGGGAGAGGUAGAUGACAAAAUCUAUGUAGUUGCAGGCAAAGACCUUCAAACAGAGGCUUCGCUGGACUCAGUACUGUGCUAUGACACCGGGGCUGCAAAAUGGAACGAAGUAAAAAAUCUCCCUAUCAAAGUGUAUGGCCACAAUGCUAUUUCACAUAAUGGGAUGAUCUAUUGUCUAGGCGGAAAGACAGAUGACAAAAAGUGUACAAACAGGGUGUUUAUCUACAACCCCAAGAAAGGAGACUGGAAGGACUUGGCACCGAUGAAAACCCCGCGGUCCAUGUUUGGCGUGGCUGUGCACAAAGGCAAGAUUGUGAUCGCAGGAGGAGUCACUGAAGACGGGCUCUCCGCUUCAGUGGAAGCUUUUGACCUCAAAACCAAUAAAUGGGAAGUCAUGACUGAGUUUCCCCAAGAGCGCAGCUCCAUCAGUCUGGUCAGCCUGGCUGGGUCCCUGUACGCCAUCGGCGGCUUUGCUAUGAUUCAGCUGGAAUCCAAAGAGUUUGCGCCCACCGAAGUCAAUGACAUAUGGAAGUAUGAAGACGAUAAAAAAGAAUGGGCGGGGAUGUUGAAGGAGAUACGCUAUGCUUCAGGAGCUAGUUGCCUAGCAACGCGUUUAAAUCUUUUCAAACUGUCUAAACUGUAAACAAGGUGACAAAGCAGUAAAUUGAGAUGCGGUUUGUUUGGAUAAUAGAGCUUUAA